GCGGAUUUUUCCAGCUGAAAGGUAAACAAGAAAGAGUCCUGGUGGCUGAAAGCUGCUGAACAAAGCGAAGAAAGGGAAAGAGUGAGUGAGACCUUACGGAAACGUCACCAAAGCGCUCCGGAAGCGUCCGACAAUGAAGGCUGUGAUUUACCAUGCCUUUUCUCAUAAAGAAGCCAAGGAGCACGAUGUACAGGAGCUGGGGAGCCAGCGGGCUGAGGCCUUUGUGAGGGCCUUCCUGAAGCAAAGCAUACCUCACUGGAGCCAGCAAGACUGUGAGAGCCAUCUGCAACGCAAGGCUGUGGUCUUGGAAUACUUCACUCGUCAGAAGCCAAAGCAGCAGAAGAAGAAAUCCAAAGGCCUCACUGCCAAACAGAGGAGAGACAUGAGGCUCUUUGACAUUAACCCAGAGCAACAGAGAUACAGUCUCUUCCUCCCUCUGCAUGAACUCUGGAAGCAGUACAUUCGUGACCUGUGCAGUGGGCUUAAGCCAGACACGCGGCUGUAGAUGAUUCAGGCCAAGCUCCUAAAGGCAGAUUUUCACGGUGCUGUUAUUUCAGUCACGAAAUCCAAGUGCCCCUCCUAUGUGGGUGUCACAGGAAUCCUUCUGCAGGAGACCAAGCAUGUCUUCAAGAUCAUCACCAAAGAAGACCACCUGAAAGUUAUCCCCAAGCUAAAUUGUGUGUUCACCAUAGAAAUGGAUGGCUUCAUUUCCUACAUUUAUGGAAGCAAAUUCCAACUUUGUUCAAGUGAGAGGUCUGCCAAGAAGUUCAAAGUAAAGGGAACGAUUGACCUGUGAACUCUGCCACUGGAGACAGAAGUCCCUGGCAGCUGAGAACUGAAAAUACAUUAAAUACCCACUUUUCCAUGAAAGCUUUCUGGUUGUGGCCCACCUGUAGUCCAGGGAAAGCAGACUGGCCGAAGAACUUGGAGCAACACAAGAAGAAAUCGGGGUAGAGAUUUGCCUCUCUAGGGAGGAAAGACUAGCAGAAAAUGCACCAGGACUAACCUUGGGUGAUUUGAAGAAGGGGGUCGUUUGGUUCUAUCCUUCAUACUUUCCUAUGUUUCCCAAACAUUCUGUGCUGAACCAGUUUUUCAGUUAAUAACAAAAUACACUACAGGCAUAAAUGGGCUCAAA